AUGCAAACAAGCAACAACCACUCACAAGAUGAAGAAGAUACUGACCAAUCACAAGGAGGUAUGGCAGCUCAUUAUCCUCAAUCACAACUGGAAGAUUUGUUAAUCCAACAACAUGAGUCAGAGAGCAAAGCAGAAAAGGUGAAAAGGAUUCUAUUGACUAACAUUCUCACAGAGAGGAUUAUUCAAACAUGUCUUGUUGUAGUCAUGCUCAUUCUAUUGGUGGUGUACUUGUUUUUGGGUAGUGUUGAGGAGAAGGCAUUCAUUGGAACUAUUGCACUGUUAAUCAAACUUGUACUUUCUGCUCUGAGCGUAAUUAUCUGUAGUUUUGGAAAUUAUUUCAUCUUGAUUGGAGUGUGUGCCAUUCAGUUUGUUUCGAUUCUUGUUGGUGAUUCACUCUUGUUUUUGAUAAUGUUCUUUCCAAAUGAAAGAGUUUUUGAUACGGCUGUUCUCAUUCCCAUCUAUUCAAUGAUGACCUUGGAAUUGUUUAGUUUGGUACUGAGCAUUGUAAUGGUGAUAAAGAAGAAGAGGAGUGAAACCAAGCAAAUAGCUCACACCAACAACACAAUUCCUUCUCAACAGCAAGUCUAA